UUGUAAUGUCUUAAAUUUCCAUGUAUCUUUAAUCAGAUAUUUAAAAAAUUGCAGGCAUAAUCCAAUCGUGAAAUUUCUUUACAGAAUUAUAAUAGAAUGAAACAUGUAUGGGUUUGGAUCUUGCUGCAAUGUUUUAAAGUUGAUAAUGCACUAAUCGUACCACUCGAUCCAGAGUCACAACAAGCAGUUGGUCUGGAGAGUGGAAAGAUACCAGACCGGCAAAUAUAUGCUAACAAAAACGUUGGCGUUUAUAAAGCACGACAUUGUCGUUUAAACAAUGAGUCUGCAUGGUGUAUUGAGAAUGACCCAAAAGCAUUAGAUGAAUACUUUUCUGAUCAACUUGCUAUAAGUGUUGAUUUUAUAUACAACCUUCAGAUAAAUGCUAUAGCCUUGCAAGGCUAUAAAACUUCUAGUUAUGGUAAUAAUAUUAGAAUUCGCUAUUUUCAUGGAGGAUCAAUGCAAUAUUACUCUGAGAAUGGUUUAAAGACGAUUACUGUGAAAAACUUUAAAGGUGAUAAGUAUGAAUAUCGUGUAUUAAACCCACCAAUACAUGCAUCAAAAUUACUUGUACAGCUACCAACCGGAGUGAAUACGAAAUGUCUACGCAUGGAAAUGUAUGGUAACUUACCUGGUAAAACGCCUCAACGCAAAGAGUUUAACGAAUGCACUGAAACGAACCUUGGUCUUGUAACAAAAGAUUUGGGAAAAACAUUCUUUACGCAGUCCAGAUUUCUUGCACAGCAAAUCUCAUUCAACGCAGAACAUUUACCGACCAAUAUGCAAUACGCGUGGUGUUUAAAAAAAGAUAAUAUAUCAUCGCCUUACGAAGACUGGGCUUCUGUCAACCUUAAAGCUAAACAUUUGAUAUAUGGUCUUCAUGUUGAUGGUUUUAGAGAUUUUUUUAAACCAAGUGACAAAUAUCUCCCAACAUUCUUUAAGCUCCAGUACAGUUUAGAUUCUAAGAUUUGGGCAGAUUAUGAAGGAGGAAAGGAAUUACAAAGUUUGAACUACAGUUUAUUCAGUGGAAAGAAAUUACUGUUUAAAGUUCCGCUUCUGGGACAAUAUGUUCGAAUCAGAAUGAAAAUUGAAAGACGUACCAUAACAUGCAUUAAACUUCAAGUGUAUGGUUGUCCAGCUAUAAAGGCACCAGCUCGCAUCUUCCAUUACAAGAUAUAUCAAGGUGAUUCCAGCUCGACGUACUCUUGGAAAGACACAAAAUACCCUCACAAUCCCACACUUAAAGAAAGAUUUUUAUCUCGUGAAACUGGCUGCCUUACUGAUGGAGAACACUUAAAAACUAUAAGUGCAUUAACUUCAAACUGUUGGGUUGGUUGGAAUAAAACUUCACGCCCGAAACCAUUAGUUGCUCUUACUUUAAGUGCUGUGUCAAGAAUUUAUGCUGUUAAGCUUUUAACAUAUGUAAAUGAAAGUAUGCAUGCUGGCACUAUUAAAAGAUUUUCUGUGGAAGCUGGUAGAUCUGUUCCCAUACCGAGACUUGGUUAUGUAUGUGCUCCUGAUUCAAUGUACUAUAUUAGCCCACAAGUGAUUGAGUAUACAAUAGAUUUGGGAGGAGUAUUGGCGAAGGUGAUCAGUAUCAAAUUUGAUUAUUCUAUGGAGUGGAUUUUCUUGCGACAAGUUUCAAUUGUUCAAGAGAUUCCGGUAGCUACGGGGGCGUUAAAAUUAUCACCGAAAUAUCUAACAUGCAAAACACCGGCUAAGCCAACAAAACUUGAUGAUAAAAAGGAGAAAUUACCUUAUUACUUGCCUUGGUUAUCACUCCCUGCGUUGUUAGUAGUUGCAGUAAUAGUAAUUUUAAUGUUACACCGACGUCGUACCAGACGAGACAAAUCAAAAUCAUCCAUAAAUGAGCACUAUGCAGGACUAAAAAAAUACAAAAAUCCUACCUAUACAGAUUUAAAGGAAAACGAACGCCAGGCUUAUCCUGAUUUACAAAACCACGAAAGCCCUGAAUAUGCAGACUUAAAGAAGAAAGAACGCCAGGAUGGUGCUGGUUUAUUAGAGCACGACAGCCCUGAAUAUGCUGAUUUAACAAUGGACGUUAGCUAUAGUUAUGUAGAUGUUAAAGGGAAAGAAAGGCAUGGUUAUGAAGAUUUGCAAAAGCACGAAAAGUCGAACUAUGUGGAUUUACAGAAACACGAAAAGCCGAUCUAUAAAAAUUUGCAAAACCACGAAAGCUCUGGCUGCGUAAACUUUAGAGAAGACGAAAACUCUACUCGCAAAGAUUUAAACAGACAUGAAAGCUCCAACUAUGAAGAAUUGAAUCACGAUUAUGAAGUAGAAAUGCCACCAGAUGUUUAGAUUACUCUAUUUUCUUUAGUCAAUUUACGCGACGCAAAAAUGAAGUAAGAUUUUCUCUAAUAGACCUUUCCCAAAUUUCAUAAUUACGUCAAACUAAAGAGGUGGAUACUAAAAAUGAUUCUUAUCCCUAAGUUUCUUAGCAAAAGGUAGAACAAGUUACCUAUUUUCGUAAAUAUUUCUGUUCGUUAAGUGUCUCAACUGCGAGCUGAAAGUUUCGGUCAAACCCUUCAUAUAGCCGAGUGUUUUUUAAGAAUAGCUUCGUUUUCAAAAUAAUUAUUUUCUUUAAAUCUAAAUAAAAUCCAACCAGAAUAUUAUAUUGCUCUACCAUCUUCAGCUUUGUCAUGAUAAUUUGAUAUCUGAAUAUCCUUAUUAAAAGAGCAUUAAACCAUUAUAAAAUUUUGGAUGACGUUAUAAUUAUUAUAAUUUAUGAAAUUCGAGAAAGGUGUAAAAUUUGAAACUUGCAACAAAUAUAAUUCAAAUGGAAAAAUAGGCCAACUAAUAGCAAUGUAGGUACUUAUUUAUUUUUCAGUGUGUUUCGUCAUUACAGAAAGUAUGGUUUUAGUCAAAUAAAAAAAUAUUUGGUGUGGCUUGUACUACACUGUAUUUUACCACUUAAUUAAACGAAUACUAUUUAGCUAAUUCAUGUCAACUGAUUUGAUAUACAUGUUCUAAAAUCGCAUUGUGUAAAAAAGUAAACAAAUAUGAUAGGUGAACAAGUUUUUUUGUAUUCCUUAGUUUGUAUUUAUAUGCAGCAUUACAGAUGUAUAAAAAUUUUGAUUUGUUAUUAUUGUAAUCCUUUGAAAAUUCAUAAAUUUGUACAAUAAGCCUUAACUAGCCUUCACAGUCUACUAACUGUAUUUACUCUAGAGUUCCCGCCUCUUUAGUAAACCUGUCUUUUUGGCACGAGUUGCAAAUUUAAACAUGCUUUUCCAACAAUCCCGCAUGAAGAAUUUGCUUUAACUUCUAUGGAUAUUGUAUCCUAUCUACAUUCUUCAACAGUCUUGCCACCUAGCAUUGCAAGUAGAAUUUUGCAACAAUUUCGAUUGCAUGCGUUUUCAUUGCACGGAACAACCUUGUUCUUAGGGUAUCUUGCAUCUUUUCUGACAUGCGUUUAUGCGACGAGUU